AUGGAGGAUCUCCCAGAGUCACUGCUAGCAGAGAUUGUCAAGAGGAUUACCCGGAGAUGUGAUCUGAAUUCUCUUUCCCUUGUGUCGAAGCAACUAUACACCAUUGAUGAAUCAGUUGGACAACAAAAGUCUCCUUCUGAUUUCAUCUUCCUGCCCCAGAAGGGUUUUGAUCCCUCCUACGAUGCUCACAACCCAAGUACAUAUGAUUUCUGUUGUGACAGUUUGAAGGAUUUGAGGUUAGCGCGUAUGACACCUGGGCAAGAAAUAGGACUCCGUGUCCUCCUAGGGAAGUGCAAAGCAUUGGAGAAGCUGUGGCUGGAGUAUGUUACUGGUCUAAAUGAUAACGACAUGAUUGCUCUAUCCCGCAGCUGCAGUAACCUUAGAAGCAUCUCACUUUGGCUCUCACCUCAAUUUUAUGAUUAUUCCUGCAGGACGUCAUUUACUGAUGACAGCCUUAAGGCUCUAGCUAUCAGCUGUCCUAUGCUUCAGGCUGUUGAACUCACAUUCUUUGACUGUGAUCCUUGUUGGCCAUCAGAAAUAGGCUUCACACUGGAGGGUCUUCUUGUGCUCAUUAAAUCUUGUCCUGUUUCGGUUCUUGUGCUAAAUGGGGCCAACUUCUUCAAUGACGAAGGGAUGGAGGCCAUCUCAUCUGCCCCAUUCUUGGAGACACUCGAGCUUGUGGAUUGUGUGGCAAUAACUGAUGCUGGCAUGCGUUUCGUCACAUAUACUCCGUGCUUGACUAAUCUAACACUUCGGCUGUGUAACAAAGUGACUGAUAGUGGAGUUGCUGAGCUUGGACGUGCACAUAAGUUGCAGUGUCUGAUCAUUGAAGGCUGUGAAGGCAUCUCUGAGAAAGCUGUGCAAGGGGCUGCCAGAUCUGUCCACUACUCCAUCAAGUCUGCAAGUUGUGGCGAGCUAAAGAGAGUGUGCAAGGAACGUGGUUGAUGAAGUGGCUCCCUGAAACAAUUCAGAGUGAAAUCCCCUUGCUAAAGUCUCUGUUCCUUUUCAUAUUUGUGUACUGAUGCUAUGCCUACUGCUCUUAUAACUUUAUUCCAUCUCUGCUUGCCCUGUGUGAAAUUCACUUAAAUCAGCCUCAAAAUGCAGGCCUUCCAUUGUAGAUCCUGACAGUGCCUCUCAGAUUUUUCUGUGGUCUUGUACAUACAUAUUUUGCUGUCUGUCUUUGCUGUAGCAAGCUAUGAUAUUAUGGAAGUAGGUAGUUCCAAAGACAGGCCUACCUACAAUUCUAUCAUGCCAUUUUUAUACUUGCAAAGUUGCAAAUAUAUCAGUUAUCAAUGGUUGCAAAUA